UUACACUUAUGGUGGGUUCCCACUGCCGAUCAGAUCAACUCGAUCAUCCCGAUCACCCAAAUUCCCCGAUCAGGCCCGACCAUGCUCGACUAAAGGCGAAUACACGACUUCUUCUCGACCUCUUGUCGAUCACACACGAUUUCCACACGAUUAUUCACGACUCCUUCACGACGUCAACCCGACCACCUUUCCGAUUUCCGCUCGAUCAUCCCGACCUUUACACGAUCCCUACACGAUCUCAACUCGACCUACUGGAUCUCUGCUCGAUCGGUGUCAGAUCUUUCCCCGACCCGAUCGUCAUAGUCGUACUCGAGUCGUAGAAGGUCGUGAACAGUCGUGUACCAAAACUUUUAGAAUAAAAACUUCAAACAGUGUUGAUCAUUAUCACUUCAUCCUGAAACUUCAUGGUAUAUGUUGUGUCCAGCAUAGUAUACAUAUUUAUGGAGAUUGAGCAGUUGCAGAUGUGGGCCAGAUGGUUAGAGCUCCAGAGAGACAGGGCCAUUGCAGUGCUAGAGUUGGAACAAGAGGAAGAGGCUGAGGGUCGUAGGCAUAGACGUAGGCGACAAAUGCGCAGGAAAAUAUGGAUGAAGCAGUGGCUUGCACGACGACCCCUGUAUGGGCAUUAUGAGCAACUGCUACAGGAGCUAAACAGGGAAGACCCAAAAGGAUACAAAAAUUUCCUAAGGGUAGACGCUGAUAUGUUUGGGGAGCUUGUUGAUCGCAUAUCACCCAGAAUUCAGAAAAAGAACACCAACUUCAGGGAAGCCCUGGAGCCUGGAUUGAAGUUGGCGGUCACUCUUCGUCAUCUCGCAACUGGAGCCUCGUAUUCAGACUUGAUGUACUCAUUCCGAGUGGGAAGUAACACAAUAAGUAAAUUCGUCCCUGAAGUUUUGGAUGCUAUAAUACAGGAGUACUCUGAAGAGGUUUUGCCAGACGUCGUCACUGCUGAACAAUGGCAGCAGAUUGCAGAUGACUUCCGAACCAAGUGGAAUUUUCCUCAUGUCUGCGGGGCUCUUGAUGGUAAGCACGUGAGGAUAAAGAACCCGAAGAACUCUGGAUCUCUGUUCUAUAACUAUAAAGGCUUCUUUUCCAUAAUACUACUCGCACUCGUAGACGCAAACUACAAAUUCAUCUGGGUAAGCGUUGGUGCUAAUGGCAGUGCAUCCGAUGCCCAGCUAUUCAAUAACACUGAACUCAGAACCAUGCUAGAAGAAAACAACCUUGGUUUGCCUGACCCUGAUCCACUGCCUGGCGAUGACAUGAACACCCCAUACUUCCUCAUUGGAGAUGACGCCUUCCCGUUGAGAACUUGGAUGAUGAAGCCAUACUCCAGACGCAACUUGACCAACGAGGAGCGCAUAUUCAAUUACAGGUUGUCCAGGGCUAGACGAGUGGUAGAAAACGCCUUCGGUCUUCUCGCUAUGCGGUUUCAGUGCCUACUUGGCUGCUUGAACCAGAUGCCCGAAACCGUUGACUUGAUUAUUCUUGCAUGUGUCACACUGCAUAACCUUAUCAGCAUACGGUACCCUGCCAUUGCAAGACUGGCCGUCGACCAAGAGGACGAGCAUAACCAAUUAGUACCUGGUGAAUGGCGCCAAGGAAGACAGUUGGCUGAUGGUGAUCGGACCCAUGGAAGAAAUGUGGUGACAUCCGCUGGGGUCAGUCAGAGGAACUACAUUAAACACUACUUCAACUCCCGAGCUGGUUCAGUUGAGUGGCAACAGAAUAUGAUUUAGUGUGUUAGUUACUUUGGAAAGAUAUUUUGAUGAAGUGUAUAACCUAUAUGAUGCGAGUAUGCACAAGUUAUGUAGUUAUUAAAGUGAUUUCCGAUAUGUUUAAGUAUAUUAUAGUAAGUCAUCUUCUAUUUGGAUAUGAUAGUUUCCAUGAUAUGUUUGUUAAUGGAGGAAAUAAGCUUCAAGUAUACAUGUAUAUACAAUAGA